AACCAUUCAGUGGGAGCUAGCAUAUCAUUUUGGUAGACUUUAAAAUCCCCUCCGGUGAAUUAGGCUUGGGAAAAGUCCACCACCUCAAUCCCUAACCAAGAUCGCCAGAUCGGCCACCGCCGCCCGCGACUCCCCCGCCCAUCGCCAUGUCCGACUCCAACCCCGGCGCGGCGAACCCUGCCCUGGGGCCGGACGCCGACGCGGCGGCCGGCGAGGGCCUUGAGCUGGCGCAGUUCGCGGCGGGGUGCUUCUGGAGCGUGGAGCUGACGUACCAGCGUCUCCCGGGCGUGGCGCGCACGGAGGUGGGCUACUCGCAGGGCCACCGCCACGAGCCGACCUACCGCGACGUCUGCGGCGGCGGCACGGGGCACGCCGAGGUGGUGCGCGUGCACUACGACCCCAAGGCCUGCCCCUACGAGGUCCUCCUCGACGUCUUCUGGGCCAAGCACAACCCCACCACGCUCAACAGACAGGGCAACGACGUCGGGACGCAGUACCGGUCGGGCAUCUACUACUACACGGCGGAGCAGGAGAAGGCGGCGCGGGAUUCGCUGGCGGAGAAGCAGAAGGAGUGGAAGGAGAGGAUCGUGACGGAGAUCCUCCCGGCGACGAGGUUCUACCCCGCCGAGGAGUACCACCAGCGCUACCUCGAGAAGGGCGGCCAGUCCGCCAAGAAGAGCUGCAACGACCCCAUCCGUUGCUACGGCUGACGCCGCCGCCGCCGACGCCGCCCCGAGCGGCACUCGCCGGACCGUGCGCUCGAUUUGCCGGCGUUCCAUUGCACAUUUGCAGGUGUGCAUGUUUACUGUAGUAAUAACUACCGGUAUCGUAAACUCGUCAAAGGAACCUGCAAAUUCUAAGUCGCGGUGUACGCGAUUGUGCCAUUGAAAGUUUGAAACUGUGGGAGUAUAUAUAUCUGUGUUACAAUAAACGCACUGCUUGUCAAGGUGCAGUAUAGUUAUGCUGUAUUUGCUUCAUUACCUGAUCAUCGACGCACGCGUUAUUUCCUUUUGUGGGAUUAACUAAUGAUGUACAUUUUCAGCUGGUUGUUGAGUCA